GAGGCGGCCGACAACGAGGUGGCGGAGCUGGGCACCGACAUCGCCGCCCUGACAGCCCUCAAGAGCCUGGACGUGGCCAACAACCAGCUGAAGGAGCUGCCUGCCGCCCUGGCCGACUGCCCCCGGCUGAAAGAGGCCAACUUCAGGGGCAACCAGCUGAAGGACAAGCGGCUGGAGAAGAUGGUCAACGGCUGGGAUGGUGGGGAUGGGGAGCAGGACGAGCUGGAGGAGGCCAGCAAGCUGCUGGUGAAGGUUCUGCACGUCUCCGAAAACCCAGCACCCUUGGUGGUGAAAGCAAGCCCAGGUGUCAGGGAUGUUCGCCCCUUCAUUGUGUGCUGCGUGCUGAAGGGAGUCGACUUAAAGCCGGGAAACGCUCUGAAGAGGUUCCUGUCUGCGCAGACUAAGCUGCACGAAGACAUCUGUGAAAAGCGGACAGCAGCCACAAUUGCCACCCACGACUUGCACUUGAUCAAAGGUCCUCUGACAUACGAUGUUCAGCCUCCUGACGAACUGAAGAUCACGCCCCUGGGCCGGAAGGAGGUCAAGGCAAAGGAUCUUCUCCGUCAGCUGCAGCUGGAAGCUGAGGAGCAGAGGAAACAGAAGAAGCGUCAGAACGUUUCCGGGUUGCACAAGUAUCUCCAGUUACUGGAUGGCAAAGAUAACUACCCCUGCCUGCUGGAUGCUGAAGGCAGCGUGAUUUCUUUCCCACCGAUAACCAACAGUGAGAAAACAAAGAUCAGGAAAGACACCCGUGAUCUAUUUCUGGAAGUGACAAGCGAUACCAGUUUACAGAUCUGCAAGGAUGUCAUGGACACACUAAUUCUGAAAAUUGCAGAACUGAACAGAUUUACCUUGGAAAACAAGGAAGGCUCGGGCUCAGAUAACGAAUCCGAUGCUCUUUGCGGACCAGCGAAUUUGAACCCCAGCCAAAACGUACAGCCGGUGAAUUUUCCGUUGGUAGUGGAGCAGGUUCGAGUGGUGGACACAGAUGGAAACUUGAAAGUGCUUUAUCCUUCAAAAACUGAUCUAGCCACGGUGUCCUCUCUUCUGACUGUAACACGUUAG